AUGAGAGCCUAUGAUAACAGUGCAAUCUACAUUCGGGAAGGAGCGCUAUUUGUAAUUACAUCAAAGCGACAUGACACCACUUCGAAACCAAAAGUCCCCCCUGCUUCAACAUCGACAAAAAAACCGACAAUCCCUUCAAAAAACUUACAAAAGCCCACAGAAGAGAAAAACAAACUCGUAAAACCAACAUCGCUUACAAAAUCACAAGUAUCCAAACCAACAGUAGGAAAAACGAUAUCAACGAAACCAGCUGCAAAGGCACCAACUUUAACAAAGGCAUCUGAAUCCACCAAUAAAUCCAGAACGCAACCUUUACGAGCGAAGCACAGUAUUGGCACCUUAAAUUCGUCCAAACCCCCGCAACAAGCAAUAGCAAAACACAAUGUUAUGAACACAGUGCACAAUGUAACGGUGUCGUCCCCACCCCCAGAAAAGCGAGAAAUGCCAAAGCCCACAGAGGCUCAAAAUGGACGAGAACGUACAAAGACACGAACCUUACAGCCAGAAGAGAUAGUUAUCUUGAAACAACAGAUCGGUUCAGCUCCAAAAAGCUUGGACCUACCAACGAAGCAACCACACAGCAAUAAUGUUCAAAAUGGCGCUCAUUUUAAUCUAGAUUUACCUGAACCUCCAGUUAAGGAAUCAGUGGCUUUUGAAAUUUUGUUCGAUGGAGACCAAAAUGAAGACAAAUCAAAAUCAAAGGAGAAGCCGAAAGAGAAUUUGAUUGCAAAGUCUGAAAAAAAUGUUCCUAAGAAACCUGCGGAGAGUCUUAGGAGUAAUACUGCUAAGGUGGCUCCCAAAGAAAAGGAAGAAGAUAAAAAACCUGAAGACAAGCCCAAGAAUGAAGCGCAAGGAAUGAGUCCUAGCCCAUCAAGUCAAACAGAAGAUGCCGAUUAUGAAGAUGAUUUUGAAUCCUACGAAUCUGAUUUCGAGACCGGAUCCUCAUCAUCCGAGCCCCCUAGCCACAAUACUGAAGAAAAUUCUCAGAGUGACAGUCCCGACUUAUCUGAACCAGAGGAAUCAAGUGAAGUGUCAGAGGAGACACAGCUCCCAAUCACAGUAAUCCACAGAGAUGACGAAAGAAAGUUAGACUCAGGAAGCUAUGACAUGAAUUCGAGGAAACUUCUUCUGCAACAACACCAACAACAGUUGGAUAGCAUCGACACAAGCACGGCGAACUCAGAACAACUAGACUCUGGUAUUAGCUACAGUGCUCCGAACAGUUCCCUGCAGAGGAGUUCCAUCGAGCCACAACCACCUCCGAUUAUUAAAAAGAUUUCGAAACGGGGUCAAGAGCUUAUGUCAAAAAUUCAAUUUGAUGAUGUUACGUUUGUGCUUUUUGAUCUCAAACCUGUCAAUUAUGAAUAUUAUAUGAAAAUCUACGGGAACUAUAAUAGCACCCAAAUGUCUACACAAACCAAUGAUGACCGUUUGGAGACGAGCAUACAAACAGACGCGCUAGUAACUAGAUCGAUAUGGACCCAGCAUCCCCCUCAAUUCGAUUUAGAAUUUAUGCGUGCAAAUGAUUUCCGCAACCUGAAUAAUGCCUGUGGAGAGUUUGAAUCCGAUUCGCUUAACAUCAAUAAUAUUGAAGAUCCUUUGUCUAGAAGUUUAAGCGCAAUGAGUAGAUUUCGUUCAGCACGAAUCAGAUCAGCACCAAAAUCUAGUCAAACAGAUUUCAUCCAACUCAACGAUUUUCUCCACCGAACUGAGUUCACAUUAGCCUCUAUUCUGAAUAAACCCUCAGUGCGUAAAAAUCUCCACAAUUCAAAUAUAACCAUUACUCAAGGAUAUUACAAUCUAAAUUCACGCUUUCUGAGUGCAACUAGGGUGACAAAACUUUAUUCUAAUCCGAGGUCAAAUUUACUUGUAAUAGUGCAUGACGAUGUGGAGAGUGUAUACAGUGGAGACUUUCGAAAUUUACUAUCUGUUUGGAAUAUAACUGAACCGAAGAACCCGUUCAAGUUGUUAUCUACAUGGAGUAAAGUUUGCAGAGCUGAAAUCUGUGCAGAACUGCAAGAUGUGAUAGUAGCUGGAUUGGAAGAUGGGUCAAUUGCGUUGUGGGAUCUGAAAGAAUCGUACAGUUUUGGUGUUCAGUUUGGAGAUGGUUCCUGCUAUUUUCCUCCGACACAGACCAUAACACCAUGCCUGGGAAUGGAAGAAUUGAUUUUGAGUGACAUUGGAAUUGUGAUUGAUGUUAGAGCGUUUCGAAGUAGUCAUCAGUUGAGUAGGCUGCAAGUUUAUCGACCGAUUCAGUUCGCUUCACUCCACGACUCAGGCAUUCUAACUAUUUGGACGCUAGUCAAUCUCGACGACACCAAAUGGACUUUUCUGCGACCAAACAAAAUCGACAACUCCAAAAUGGAAUACAACUCACCUUCGGCUCGGUUCAAACUCACCCAAAGUGCAGUCUACAACUUACGUGAUUACCUAAGUCAAAAAAUGUCACGGCCUAAAUCAAGCUUUGAUAAAACCAGGUCAUAUUUCGAGAAUGACCUUUUCAGUGAUAAUGCACUAAAGGAAUUACAAGAAACCAACAAUAAACCCUCUUCAGAUUUGUCAGGACUGAGGUUCACAGGAUUCGAUGUUGGAAUUGAAAGGAUAUACAUUUCCACGAACCGUGAUUUUAUCAUAUCAUGUACGAAAACCCUGAAACCGGAAAAGUUCAGGAAAAUUGUUUUUGAAAAUAGUAAAGGUCUUUUCGCAACUGCUCUGAAAUUGCUCUGGAGUGAGGAAUACCUGAUAGUUGGUUUUUCAAAUGGAUCCGUAGUUGUCUAUAAUUGCAAUCAGCAAAAACCACAGAAAUACGAGAAUGGUCCAUCGGAGGAUAAUUCCGCGUGCCCAACACCUUUAGGGGAACCCAAUAAGACCUAUCAAGCGGACACUGGGAAAUCUUGUGCCAUUCAAAACAUAGUUCGAAAUGAAAGAACACCUUAUGAGGAUCGACCUGACAGUUGCAUGACCAACACAAGGCCGACUACCGCUUUAGAUGGGAGCUCCAAGACUCAUGCGAGCAAACUUUUCGAUAAACAGGUUCUUCUGGGAGGAACUGUGCUGCGAAAGGAUCUUGUUAACACCAUAGAAGUCACGAACGAUGGAAAUAGAUUGCUAGCCCUAAUGGAUGGAAAUCUGAGGAUUUAUGAUUUCUCUACGAACUCGGAAGUACACUGCAAUACUAGUGAGACGAUAGUUGAAAUUGGACUGACCAAGGAGACUUUCUGCCGCCAGAAUUUAGCUUUGCUCACUAAGGACGAGGACGUGCAAGUUCACAUAGUCAAAUAGCUAAAGCGCAACUUAGGACUAAUAAAUUUCGUUAAUGAUACUUUCUAGUCACUUUAUCACUUACUUGAAAAUGUUGGCUGACACUCGACCAUAAAUUUGAAGCAAAGGUCCUUGAAGCUCAACAUAUUUUCGCGAUAACUUAUAAAAGGGCGAUCUUUGCCUCAAGUUCAUGCUCGUGAGCUCUGAGCCUUGAAAAGAUUAUUAUUGUUAUAUGAAAGCAAAACUAACUCGUAUUUUAUGACUCAACUUAAUAAUAAAAGAUUGUUAGAAAAAAGCGGCAUAAAACGC